AUGUGUUUGUAAACAAACGUUAAAUUUCGUCAGAAAGAGAAACAAAUUCGUAAUGCAUUAUGGCUGGCUUUGGGCUGGAAGAAAUCGGCAUUCCGGGAGGAGGGUACCUGAAAGAGUCACUCACACAUUGCACUGACCCUCUUAAAGCUAUAGAGGAAUUUCAGGUAGAAAAUGGAAUCCUCUUGCCAUCCCUGAGGCCCAUGUUACACCUGCUUGAUCUCCACGGAGUGAAACGGUUAGAUUUCCACAACUCCAUAAUGGAGGAGCUACGUGACAAGUUGAUCACUCAGAUUACGGAACUCGGCAAAAGAGAAGGAAGAGAUAGGGAUCGUAAAUUAAAAGAACUCCUGACGAAAAGCUUUCCUGUGAUAAAGAUAAGGGGCCUACGACCUGUAGUUAUGUGUAUACUUAAGCAUAUGUCGCAUGUAGAAGAUAAAUAUUUAAAAAUACUGGUAAGAGACAGAGAGUUAUAUGAAGCUUGUGAUACAGAAGUAAAGCGUCAGAUUUGGAAAGAUUCUCAGGCGUUAUUUGGUGACGAAGUUUCUCCUCUACUAACUGGCUAUAUCACCAGUAAAGAAGACACCUUAUUCAAUGUGGAAAACCUAAAUAAUUUAUUUUUCAGUCCUUCUCCAAAGGCUCGUCGUCAAGGUGAAAUGGUACAAAAACUCGUUCAUAUGAUAGGAAAAAACGUAAAACUGUACGACAUGGUGCUACAGUUUUUACGUACUCUCUUUCUACGCACAAGAUUCAUUCAUUAUUGUUCAUUACGAGCAGAGCUCCUGAUGGCUUUGCAUGACAAGGAAGUUCAUGAUAUUAUUGCAGUUGAUCCAUGUCACAAAUUCACAUGGUGUUUAGAUGCUUGCAUAAGAGAAGGCAAAGUUGAUGCAAAGAGGUCUCGAGAGCUUCAAGGGUUUUUGGACAGUAUAAGAAGAGGCCAAGAACAAGUGUUAGGAGAUCUGUCCAUGAUACUCUGUGAUCCGUAUGCUAUCAACUUCUUAGCCAAUUCUGUGAUUCGUCUCUUGCAACAUCUAAUGAACAAUGAAGCCAUGCCAAGGGAGAAUUCUGUUCUGGUCUUAAUGCUGCGUAUGCUUGCCUUAGGACUUCACAGUUGGGAUAUGAUAGAGAGUCAGGUAUUCAGAGAACCAAAGUUAGAUCCUCAAAUUGUUACCAAAUUUUUACCAGCCUUAGUUUCCCUCAUGGUUGAUGAUGAAGUAAGGAGACUUAAUGCACGUUUGCCUCCUGAUGAAAGAGAGUCUGCUAUAACCAUCAUUGAGCAUUCUGGACCACCCCCUGAUGCUUACCAAGCAUAUCUUCAGGAAAGCAGUGUUGCUUGCAUAUUAGCCAUGUAUUAUACUCUUCACACUGCAACUCGAAAGGACAAAACUGCUUUAAUGCGUGUAUUAGGAACUUUAGCAACUUGCCAUCAAGACAGAGCCUUCCAAGAUACUUUCCUUCAUUCUUUGGUGGCAGCUCUUAUUCCAAUGGCUGAUGACUUUACUACUGAAGAUUUUUGCACUGUAGUUUUUGAUGAAUUUUUCUUCACCAACAUAAGUCGAGAAAAUGUUAUGCGCCACGUAAUGAAGCUAGUUUGGUAUGUACAUCCUAAACUGCCUCCUGCUCGACUAGAUACUCUGCAGAAAGUUUUGCAACCUGGUCCACAUCACGGUGAAGCAAGUCAGCUGUUAUAUGAAAAAUUUCAAACAAAGACUCGUGCAUUCCAAGACACUCAAAAUCAACCUACACCAAUGGGCGAGAUGGACUCUCCACUAACAGCUGUACCCAUGCCUGCACCAAUUCAAUAAGAGCACCUUAUUUUCUGUUCCUUCUUUCUUUUACUGUAUGUCUCAAUUGCAAGACACCUCAGGAAGCCAAAGUAUUUUUAACAGUUGUCAGAAAAUCCAGCUAAUAAUUUGCAAAUUGUUUUUCUCCUGUAGUGAAGCUUGACUUUUAAGUUUUGAAAGGACACCUGCUAUUAUUGUUAGGAAGAUUACCAGACAACAGUCAAAACUUAAUUUUACUUUUAUCAGUGUAAAUAUUCAUAAUAGACAUAUAUUCUCUAAAUAAAGUUAUGGCAAAAACAUUACCCUGUCUAUAAAAAUUUCUCUAUUUUCUUUUCAUGUUAUGUGCUUGUAAAAAGUGUUUGCACUUUCUUUUCACUUAGGAAGUCAACAUUGCGUAAAUGUUUUACAAUUUUACUUUCUCUUUGUCCCUUUUUUCAGGGUAUUUAUCAGAAAAAUAAAAAUAUACUGCAGAAUCCAGUCUUUGGGAUGAAGUAACUUGGGGAAAAAUAUACAUUUGUAGGUGGUACAGUGGUAGAUUUGAGACAGAAUCACCAUACAGUUGUUGCUAAAUUUUUGCUGUAAAUCACACAGGAAAAAAUGCCCCAAAAAAUGGAGGGCAAAUAACAUAACACAUAUUGUGUUGAAUGUAAUGUUGUGACAUCAAAACAGUCAACCAGCAAAUACAGUAUGUAUUGCUAAGUUGUGUUACUCACCCAAUAAACUAACUUUUGGUCCUUGCAUUAAUGUGGUACUCUCAUAGCUUUUUUUCUAUAUGAUUUUUAAUGAGAAAAAUGAAAGGUCAAUAAAAUAUAAUGUAUAAGAAUGAGCUAUUGCUUAUAAAAUAAAAACGCUAUAACAUGA